UCAUUCUCCAAGAGAAUAGACAAAGAUAAGUAACACUGAACAUAAGAGUAAAAGGAGAAACUAGCUAAGGUGCAAAUGUCGGAUGAAAAGACAAAUGUACAACCAGCAGCAACAGCAGAAACUGUCAAUGAAGAUUUUCUACCACCAUCUGAUUGGGAUCGUCAGAACGACAGUGACACCCUAAUUCUAAUGCUUCCAGGGUUUAGGAAGGAGCAAAUGAAGGUUCAAGUGACCUCGAACCGUAUGCUAAGGGUGAGUGGUGGAAGAAAGAUCAGUGACAACAAAUUACGUCAAUUUCGCAAGGAAGAACCCCUUUCUGAUUAUCAUGACACCAAGGGGAUCACUGCCAAGUUUGAAGCUGGGAUGCUAUAUGUAAGGAUUCCCAAAGUGUUCAAACCACAACCACCACCAACAACUACAACAAAACCAACACAACAAGAACCUUCAAAGCCUCAAACAACAACAACACCAACACAACAAGAGCCUCCAAAGCCACCAACACAACAAGAACCUUCAAAGCCUCAACCAGCAACAACACCACCACCAACACAACAAGAACCUCCAAAGCCACCAACACAACAAGAACCUUCAAAGCCUCAACCAACAACAACAACAACACCAACGCAACAAGAACCUCCAAAGCCUCAACUACCACCACCAACAACACAGCAAAAACCUCCAAAGCCUCAACCACCACCAACAACAACACCAACAAAACUAGAACCUCCAAAGCCUCAGCAAACAACAAAAACCGAUCACAAACCACAUGCUCCUCAAGUUAAUGAAAAAGAGACAAAGGAGGACAAAAUUAGUGAAGAAUAUUUCAAAACCAAGACACAAACACCAGUACCCCAGGAACCAAAGGCAGCUCAUGAAGAUUCUCAAAAGAAGCCACAGAAGGAGAUCAUGAGCAAAGCAAAAACUGAAGAAGAAAGAAAAACUACUUCUGAAACUCAAGAAAUGCAUGGAACUGCACAAACUACAUUCAAGGAGCAAAAGGCAGAUCAUGAUGAAGAUUCUCAAAAGAAGGAGAAGGGCAAUGCAGAAACAGAUAGCAACGGCAUUAGGGAAGCUAUAACCUCUAAAGCUCAGGAAACUAGUCCUGAUGGGUUGAGUAAGAGUAUUAUAGCCAUGGUGCACAAAAUCCUGGCCAUGAUUUCUGGUUGUGUUUCCGAGGUUAAGAAGCAAAAUAAAGUGCCCCACAUUUUGGUCUUCAUCAUUCUUGUGUUGCUGAUGGGGCACUACACUAAGACUGCAAUCAAGACAUCUUUUGGAGGACCCCAAAACCAAGAGCUUUAAUUGCUUAAUUAACUUCCCCGGGUUAUAUUAUGUGAAGAGUAAUAAUAAAUAAAUAUGUUAUUAUUUUAAAUAUUUUAUCAACACUUUUCAUUUUCUUUUUUAUCCUAUCAUAAAUUCUAUCAUAUUUAUAUUUUUUCCUUCCUCGUUAAAUAUUGAAUAACAUUAUGAAAACCAUUUUC